AUCCUCCAUUUUUUUCCCUACGUGGGCCACUUCCCAUGGCGGCGGUGGCGGCCAUCGUAGCGGCGCGACAUAAUCGCCAGAAAAAGGGUGCACCUAGCGGUUCGGAGGAUGGCGCCGAGCGGCGUCGGCGUUUCGCCCAGAAGUUGGCGAUGGACCAACGCCGUGCGGCGGAGCUCUUCGACGAGUUGGACGAGCAGUGCCACGGAGUGAUCACCAAGGCACAAGUGGAGGUGCUCUUGAGAAAUAUUGUGAUUCGACAUCACACUUUCAAGCAAGAGGCCCUUGAUUACAUGUGGACCUUGCUGGGUGCAGAGGAGUUCAGAACUUCAAAAGCACCACAAGAGGCGAAAGACAAGGCAGCUGCAGCCGCCAAGGACGGAGACCCCAUCCAGGAGACGCAGUCGUUGAUUGACACCACCGAUGAGACCGAUCCUACGGAGCCGUUGCCGAUGGUGGAAGAGCGGCUCUUUUCGCGGGUCUUGGUCUUGGAUGUCGUCACCAAGAUGCGUUACUACACAUGUCAUGCGCAUGACGUAGACGUGAUCUUCGAAAAGUUUGACCGGGACAAAGACAACUACUUAGACGCCAAUGAGUUGCGCGAAGCGCUGCAAUACAUCGAGGACAAGGGUGGAAAUCGAGAAAAGUAUGGCAUCCUGAUACCAGUGGUCGUUACCAGCGAGGACGUUCGCUGGGUGCUGGCGCAGUGUGCGCACACGGUCUCCGGCCUCAUCAACAGAGAGGAGGCCGUCGUUGCCAUGGCUAUCUGGCACCACUUGGCGGAUGACAAUUUCGCCCAGCAGUCACGGUGCUGCAGUGUCCAGUGAAGUGCGAGAACCGACCGGACCAGAACCCAGCAGUGGCUCAAAU